GGGUGACCAGAUAUAGUGAAUGCAGGGUCCGGGGAGACCAGAUAUAGUGAAUGCAGGGUCAGGGUCAGGGUCUGGGAGACUAGAUAUAGUGAAUGCAGGGUCCGGGGAGACCGGAUAUCGUGAAUGCAGGGUCCAGGGGAGACCAGAUAUAGUGAAUGCAGGGGUGGGGAGACCAGAUAUAGUGAAUGCAGGGUCCGGGAGACUAGAUAUAGAUGAAUGCAGGGUCGGGGAGACCGGAUAUAGUGAAUGCAGGGUCCGGGGAGACCAGAUAUAGUGAAUGCAGGGUCCGGGGAGACCAGAUAUAGUGAAUGCAGGGUCCGGGGAGACCAGAUAUAGUGAAUGCAGGGUCCGGGCGACUGGAUAUAGUGAAUGAGGUCCGGGGAGACUAGAUAUAGUGAAUGCAGGGUCCGGGGAGACCAAUAUAGUGAAUGCAGGGUCCGGGGAGACCAGAUAUAGUGAAUGCAGGGUCCUGGGGAGACCAGAUAUAGUGAAUGCAGGGUCCUGGGGAGACCAGAUAUAGUGAAUGCAGGGUCCUGGGGUAACACUUUAAUGA